CAGCAGCCCAGCGGAGAGCGCGCUGCUCCGAGGAUCUCGGUCCACAUAUACAUGCAGAGAUUUAAUUUUGAGUUCGGGCAGAAUAAGUGGGGCGGAAGGUGCCUGCUGUUUCCUUUCCGUCCCAUAUUCUGCUGCCUCGGUGGGCCCCUAGGAAGGACCCGGAAUCAGAAAGGAACUGCUGAGCUCCUCAGGAUCCAAAAUGCACAGGACCACCAGGAUAAAAAUCACAGAGCUGAACCCCCACUUGAUGUGCGCCUUGUGUGGAGGCUACUUUAUAGAUGCUACAACCAUUGUGGAAUGCUUACACUCUUUCUGUAAAACCUGCAUUGUCCGUUAUCUGGAGACCAACAAAUACUGCCCGAUGUGUGAUGUUCAAGUGCAUAAAACGAGGCCUCUCCUCAGUAUCAGAUCUGAUAAAACCCUACAAGAUAUCGUGUACAAGCUGGUCCCAGGGCUCUUCAAAGAUGAAAUGAAGAGGCGGCGUGAUUUCUACGCAGCAUAUCCUCUGGCGGAUGUUCCUAAUGGAUCUAAUGAAGAUCGGGGAGAAGUUUCAGAACAAGAGAAAGGGAACCUGACAGAUGAUGAAAUUGUCAGCUUAUCCAUAGAGUUCUAUGAAGGAAGCAGAGAAGAAAAUAAAGGUACAGUUGAAAAUGGAAACCUGGAGAAAGACAAGAAGAACAGCAUGAGGUUCCUCCGUUGUCCUGCUGCCAUGACUAUCAUGCACCUGGCCAAGUUUCUUCGCAACAAGAUGGACGUUCCCAGCAAAUACAAAGUGGAAGUUCUCUAUGAAGAUGAACCUCUGAAGGAAUAUUACACCCUCAUGGACAUAACUUACAUCUAUCCUUGGCGAAGGAACGGCCCCCUCCCCUUGAAGUACCGUGUCCAGCCGGCUUGCAAGAGGCUAAAACUCGCCUCCCAGCCUCCCAACUCGGAAUGCACCAACACCAGCGGCGCUUCAGAGUGCGAAUCGGUCAGCGACAAGGCCAACAGCCCCGCCACCUUGCCAGCCACUACCUCCUCCUCGUUGCCGAGCCCCGCCACGCCAUCCCACGGCUCCCCGAGCUCUAACACCACCACUGUGAGCAUUGCCACCAACCCUGCGUCAGGUGCCAUGCUCAACGGCACCUCGAACUGCCACCAGGUGCCACCCUUGGCCAGCAGGGGGCGCAAAACCAUGGUAAAUGGUGGUCCAGCGAUGUCGGCUUUGACUUAAAAGGCUGGAUUGUUGGCAACUUGGGAUGGGCACUAAACGCCCAGUGGAAUGGACUUUGUUCUGGGCCCUCCACAGGCUGACGUGUAGGACUACUGGUGCCUUAAUCACAUGGCCCAAAGGAAGAUUCUAUAGGAAGAUUCUGAACACGUGCUCAUUCCAUUGACCAGUAACAUUUCUCUUCUUUUUCUGUUGGCUGAGACUGACCUUUUGACCUUGCUAAUGGCAUUAAGUUAUGCUUAAGAUUUGCUGGACUUUGAAAAACUCAAAAUGUUUUCCUAUCUGCUCAUUCUCUUGUACAUACCGAGUAAACUGACCAAGAGACUCAUGUUUUUCGCCUCCCUCCCUCCACCUUUUUGUACAUUUUUAAAAAUAUGGUACAAGCCAAAUCGCUCUGUAUGUUUGCAAACCUGUACGAUGUUUUAUUGUGCUGUAAUAUAUUCUGAUAUUCAUAUAUUGUUAUUGGUUAAAACAUUUGUAUCAAUACAGUUUGUAAAUGGUAAUAAAUGCUACAACUUUGUCCUUCAA